AUGCCCACUCUCUCCGAUGCCCACGCGCUGCUUCAGCUGCUAGACUUGACCAAACAAAGCAUUCAUCAGAUCAUCGCCGAGUGGGCCAAAGUCUCCAAGCCCGGUGACGCCAGGGAGAAUGGGGAUGAAUUAGUCUCCCGCGAGCUCUUUGAAGCUCAGCGAACCCUCAUAGCCGCCACGGGGAAGUUGGUGGAGCUCGUUUCCAGCCCCAGUGACCGUUUACUCGAGGUCUCAUCGCAGUACAACGAGUCUCGGUGUCUGCAUAUCGCUGCAACGUUGCGCAUCCCCGACCUUCUGGCCAAGAGCCAACCCCAGGAAGGAGUGACAAUCGAGGAGUUGGCGACUAUAGUCGGCGUGGAAAAGAAGAAGCUUGGCCGCAUCAUGCGAUGUUUGUGCUCCAUUCACAUCUUCCAGGAGAUCCGAGAUGGGGUCUUCGCUAAUAACACCAUCUCGGCGAGCUUAGUCGACAACGACCCCUUGCGUGCAUACAUCGUCAUGUUUGCAUCCGAGGCACUUCCCCAGUCCCUACUCGACCCCGACCUCGGCCCAUUAUACUCGGUCAACGAGACAGCAUGGCAGAGAGCCAUAGGCACAACCAAGGCCCGGUGGACCUGGCUGGAGGAAGAAGUCGAACAACCACCACCACCGCCGACAGGAAGCAGUGGCUACUCGGGACCAUUUGGCCCCGAUCUCGCUCACCCAACGACUUUUCCCCCCCGUCGUCGAUCAGAGCUAGAGAUCUUCGGCUUGGCCAUGCUAGGUGGAGGCCGUGUCUUCGGUCGCGCGCAUUUAUUCGAUUAUCCCUGGGGCGCGCUCGGCCCCGACAGCGCCACGGUGGUCGACGUCGGCGGCGGUGUGGGAGGCUUCUGCCUCCAACUGUCACAUCUCUACUCGCACCUACGCUUCGUGAUCCAGGACCGUAGCCCGGUCCUAUCCCAAGCCGAGCACGAGGUUUGGCCGCAAGAAAACCCUGACGCGCUAGCCCGCGGAUCGGUCCAGUUCAUCGUACAUGACUUCUUUGACCCCAACCCCGUCAUCGGCGCAGACGUCUACUGGCUACGCUAUAUCCUACAUGACUGGUCGGAUGACUAUUGUGUUCGGAUUCUCACCAACAUUAAAUCCGCCAUGCGUAGCCACUCUCGCCUUCUUAUCUGUGAGCAGGUCAUGUAUACCACGGCGGAGACGGAGAGAGAGGGCACCGCCCCAUCACCCCUCCCAGCCAACUAUGGGUAUUGGACCCGGUACAGCCACCAGCGCGACAUCACCAUGAUGAGUAUCAUUAAUGGGAUUGAACGGACCCCGGCGGAGUUUGCUGGGUUGAUUGAACGGGCGGGACUGCGCUUGCGGAAGAUCUGGGAUUGUCGUAGUCAGGUUUCGCUGGUGGAAUGUAUCUUGCCUUGA